AUGGAGCUGCUGAAAAUACUUCGCUCGAGAUCCUUGCUUAAAGAUGCCACAGCAAUCCCUGAAAAUCUCAUAAACAGCUCUGUCUAUUGUGGCUUUGAUCCUACAGCAGAAUCCCUACACGUAGGACAUUUAUCUACUUUUAACGCAUUAGUCCUCAGCUCAAUUGCAGGAUUAAAGCCAAUUGCAUUACUUGGCGGCGCAACUGCCCUAAUAGGUGAUCCCUCAGGCAGGACACAAGCAAGAGCUCAGCUUGAAAACGCCCAAAUUGAGCACAACACCAAAUGCAUUGAAAAGCAGAUUUCAAAAGUCUAUGAAGGACUGGUAUCUCGUGCACUUCAUCAUAAAUUACUAAACACAAAAUUACCUUUGACUGUACUAAAUAAUGCAAAUUUCUACCAAGAUAUGAGCCUGAUAAAGUUUUUAAGAGAAGUUGGGUAUUAUUUUCCUAUAAAUCCACUUAUUAACAGAGAUUUCGUAAAAAAUAGAGAAGACAGCAUCACGUAUACAGAGUUUUCAUAUAGCUUGAUGCAGGCCUAUGAUUUUUAUUAUUUAUGCAAUAAUCAUAACUGCAUGAUCCAGCUUGGAGGGAGUGACCAAUGAUAUAACAUUACAACUGGAACUGAACUUAUUAGGAAAAAGUUAGAUAAAUCUGCAGCAGGCGUCACUUUGCCUUUAUUAUUAACUGCUGAUGGACAGAAGUUUGGAAAAAGUGCUGGAAAUGCCUUAUUUUUGGAUGAAAAUUUAACGUCACCUUACUUAAUCUAUCAGUAUUGCUUUAAUCUUCCUGAUGUUGGGAUUAAAGAUUUAUUGCUGAGGCUGACUUUUGUAAGUGAAGAAGAAAUAAAUGAGACCAUGAGCAAGCCUUUAGAACAGAGAGAGUGUCAAAAAUUGCUGGCGAAAGAAAUUAUUGCAGCAGUUCAUGGGGAGGAUAAAUUUCAUAAAGUAAAAAAAGCUUCUGAUACCCUAUACAGGAGAAAUUACAGAGACUUGAAGUCAGAAGAAAUUGAUAUGGUUUUUCAAGACGCAAUUAAGUUUGAGGUAACUUCUGAAGAAACUAAUGAAAAUCUAUUAGAGCUGCUGGCAAGAAUAAAAGUUACGGAAAACUUGUGGGCAAUUACAAGGCUUUUUAAAGAUAAAGCUUUGAGGAUUAAUGGAGACUUAGUUACAGAAGAAAAGUCAAAGCUGAGCGAUUUUAGCCCAAUUGUAAGAGUUAUUUAGGAUGGGAAAUAUUUUAUAGUUCACACAGGUAGAAGAAAGGUGUCAAUAAUCAUAAUCAAAUAA